AUGCCUUUAUGGGAGUAUAGGAAAUACAUUAGGCUUUCAUGCAUUUCAAUUAGGGGUAAGAAGGCUGAGCAUUUAUUUGUCUCCAGUGAGCUAUACCCAUGGGUGGAGGAGGAUAUGGAUGAAUAUGGAGUAAAAGAUCGUUAUGACCAUCUUCCACCUUUAGAAUAUUUUUGGAAACUGUCUGUAAAAGCAAGAGAGGACCUUUUCUACAAGAAUGUUAAACGUGGAGAUCUGUUAUUUGUGCAAGUAACAGGCCAUAUAAAUGAAUUGGUUAGUUCAGUGAGGGUACAGGCAACCAUGGGCUUUGUCACGAGAGAUCUUCAUAAUACAUACAUCAAGGCUCAUCUUCGGGUAGAAGAUACUGAUCCUGACCCAGCAGACUGUGAUACUCUUGGCCGAUAUUUGACUAGAACAAGACUGCUUGUUGAGGUGCUGGAGGUAGACCCUGCUGAUGAAUAUAUUCGUGUUGGAGCAAAAGGUGUUGCAAUACCAUCUCACUUUAAGAACAAAGUUGUGUUAGGAAAAGCUAAAGUUUCUGAUCGUCCACCUGUUGUUGAUAUUAUGGAGGGAAGGACAAGACAGGCCUAUGACGAGAGCUUGAAGAAACUGAAGAGCUUCACAAACCCAAGGAGUAUUAGGCAUUUAGCUGGAAAACUUGGAGUUGAUAUUUUUUCACAGUCAUCAUUAAUGUUUACUUUAAGAUGUAAGUUUCCUGAACAAGAGAUGUACAAACCUCUAAGAAGAGCACAGAUGGCACGAUGGGCUCAUAAGUCUGUAGCAGAAGGUGUGGCCUUUUUUAAAAAAGGUCAACAUGAGGAAGCAUUCCAGUGUCUUGGAAAAGCAUUGCAUAUUGAUGAAGAAAAUGUAGAAGCAUAUGUUGCCAAAGGAGCUUUGCUAGCAAAUUUGGGAAGGUUUGAGAAAGCUGUAGAGGACUUUCAGAAAGCUUUGAAAUACAAUCCAACACACAGUAAUGCUCGCAAAUAUAUUUGUGAAACAUUAGUUGAACUUGGUAAACAGCUGGAGGAAGAACAGAAGACUGAAGAAGCAGAGAAAAAAUACAAACAAUGUCUUGAUAUCAAUUCUACACACAAGGCAGCCAAAGAUGCUCUUAGUGCCCUUGAUAGGAAACUUGGACGUGUACCAGAACCUGAAGAAGUUCAGACUGUUCUUCGUGAUCUUAUAGACAUGGAAACAGAUUUCAAGAGGAAACGAAAUGACUCUGAAAGUAGCACCAAAAGCUCUCGAGCAAGAUCUCUAUCACCUUUAUCCAAGAAAAUGGCCCAGCAAGAGGGUCAGUGGCAGCCCCCCCCAAACAUUAACACAACUUCGUCAUUUCUGGGUAAUACAUCAGUAUCCAGUAUGGGAGUUGGUGUACCUGGUCGAGAAUAUACCUAUCCUAUGGCUAAUUGGCAGUCAUCAACAGUGGCACCAAAUGUUGGUAUGAUGGGAAGUGUUCCAGCCUGUUAUGCUCCUCCACCCUCAGCUUACCAGCAUUUUCCUGUGCAAGGUAGUUCAGGUGUUCCAUGUUCAAAUCGUGAAGAUGAGGAAUAUAAAGCUCGUGUAGAAAAGUUCCUAAAGGAUAUUGAGGGAUCCAGGCCUACUGAAAAGAAGGAGCGAAAUAAAAAGAGAUAUAGAAAAGAAAGUGAAUCUAGAAGCCGGCAGAAGCAUAGUAGAGAAGCACGCAAGAAGAAGAAGAGCAAUAAAUCCAACAGUAGCUACAGUGGAAGCAGUAGUAGCAGCAGAAGCAGGAGUAGUAGUAGCACUACCAGUAGUAGUGACACAAAUAGCGACCAUAGCUACAGCAGUCAUAGUAGCAAGAGUAACAGCAAAAGUAAAAGCAGCAGCAAGAAACAUAAGCAUAAAAAGAGUCAGAAGAAGAAGAAGGAAAAAAAGUCAAGCAAAGUGGAAAAGCCAUCUAAAAGGGAACAUAAAAAAUCGGAGAGCUCAAGUGUGAAAACAGCAGAGGUUUCAAAAGUGGAAGAAGAGGCAAUACCUGGACUUGACAGUUUGGAAGAGAAGCUGUCUGCUUACUUUAAAAAAGUAGAGGCCAGUCAAAGGGAAGGUUCUUCAAAAGACUCUGAAAUUCAGAAUGAAAAUGAAAUGAAGAAUUACAAACAAGGUAUCUGCAUGUCUUUAAAACCUCAACAAAUUUCUGUGUCAACAUCCUCUUUCAAGAGGGUACAUCCAGCUUUUAGAGAAAGUGAUGAGGAUCUUGAUGAGAAUGCUUCUCAUGUCAUUGACAUGGCAAGAAAAUAUGGUAGACUUGAAAAGCUGCAGCUUUCCUUGAAAAUUCCAAAGUCUAAUUUCGAAAUGAGUGAAAUAAUGCCUGCUGAUGGUAAGGAAAGAUCAAGGUCUCCAAAGGGAAAAACAUCUUACUCCAAAGCAAGAUCACACAAGUCUUUUUCAAGGUCUAGAAGUAGAUCACAGUCCAGUUCAAGAAGCAGCAAGAAAUCACCAGACAGGCGCAGCAGGGGAAGGACUCGUACAAAAUCCCAAUCACCACCUUACCAUUAUGAACAUGUUGAUAGCCAUAGAAAAUACAAAGUGAAAUCCACAAGGGAAAAUCAGUCCUUAGAUCGAGGGAAAUAUAAUAACCAGAAUUCUGGUUUUGGCCAUUUAAUGCCCCAUGACUUUGAAAAAAAAAUAGAAGCAGCUAAAUCUAGGUUAGGUGCUGAAAUUGAGUAUGAAGUAGUUGAAAAUACAUUCAGUAAAUCAAGACCCAGAAGAUGGAAUACUGACUCUUCAGGUUCACCACCAUAUUCAAAGUUCUCACGUACCAAGACCCCAAAUAGAUGGGAUUCAUCUCACUCAAGGACAUCCAGUAAAUGGGAUAAUGCUAGACCAAAAACUCCAAAUAGAUGGGAUUCUUCGAGGCCAAAGACCCCAAGCAAGUGGGACUCCUCAAGGCCAAAGACCCCAAGUAGAUGGGAUUCUUCGAGGCCAAAGACCCCGAGCAGGUGGGACUCCUCAAGGCCAAAGACCCCAAGUAGAUGGGAUUCUUCAAGGCCAAAGACCCCAAAUAGAUGGGAUUCCUCAAGGCCAAAAACCCCAAGUAGAUGGGAUUCUUCAAGGCCAAAAACCCCUAGCAGGUGGGACUCCUCAAGGCCAAAAACCCCAAGCAGGUGGGAUUCUUCAAGGCCAAAAACCCCAAACAAGUGGGGUUCUUCUAGGCCAAAAACUCCAAGUAGGUGGGAAUCUCAGAAGACAAGAUGGUAUUCAUCUUGGUCAAGGUCACCAAGUAGGCAUGAGCCUGUCUCUCCAGAUAGAUGGGAAUCUUCGUUGCCUUUUAAAUCUAACAAAAGUCCCAGUUCAGUGCAAAGAUCUCCAGAGAGAAAAAACGAGAGCAAAAGUCCUGAUAGAUCUGCUAGGUUUGGCAAAUGGGAUGAGGAGAAUGGGAGAACUGAUGAUCCUAAAAUUGGGAACACACUUAAAGAGAUGGAAAGUUUUGUAGAAACAGCGAAGCAGAAAAAGUUGGAAGCUAUGAAAGAAAGAAAUAAAGAAUUCCUCAAACCAUCUGUUGACUAGGAUUUUGUAAGCACAGGGAGUAAUUGGCAAAUAACGAGGAUUUCAUUUGUAUUUUAGUCAUUUGUAACAGUGUUACCAAUAAGGAUUUCAGAUAUAUUCAGAUAACUUGAUAAAUUAUUGAUUUGUUCAAUAUUUCCUCAAAGCAGGUUGUCAGAUAGGUGUGGUGUACUUUAUUAUAUUGUUAAUAUUUAUGAUUAACCUGUAUUUUUCCUUUCUGUAAUAUGAAAGAUGGAGCAUAUGAGAGUACUAAUUUCUAUUAUUGUUAUUGGUAUGCAGAAUUUGUGUUUUGUUACAUAUCAUUGAUAUCAAAUACAAAUAAAGCUA